AUGACUCCAACUCCCAAGCCCGUCAAGGUGACCCUGGCCGAAGAUGUCAACAAGACCAACACUGGUCAAACAACCGGAAUGAUCAGGCAGUCGGCCAUCGUGGACAUGUAUCCGCCCCCUGCACCCCAACACCCUCCCAAGCUGACCCCCCUCCCCCCAACUCCAGCCCCCAACAUCUGCGGCACGCUCAUGCGCGCACAAGCGCACUCAGGCUCAGCCGUGCACCACCACGGCUCGCAAGACACGAUCGUCUAUGCCGUGUCCGGGCACGGCGCGAUCGUCAGUGAAGGCGGCAGGAAGCGACAGGAUCUCAAGCCGGGGGACUGGGCUCUGAUACCCGCGUUCGCGGAGCACCAGGAGGUCAACGACGGGGACGAAGAGGCCGUGUGGGUCAUCUGUCGCGGACCAGGCGGGAUUCCCGUGGUUGAGAAUCUUGAGGGGUGGGGGGAGAGUCCCAAGUGA